AUGGCGCGCCCACGAGCUGCGUCGGGCGCUGAUGCCCCCAAGGAACCCCACGCCGUGUCCCUGAAAGUUCUACGUCUCUCUCGGCCGUCCUUGUCUUAUCAAUCCCCUCUCCCCGCUGCCAAUACCAAGAUCUCCCCAAAGGCCUCCCUGAGCUAUCCAUCCGCCGACUCCGAUGAUCAAUUCAUUCUUACGCCCAUCCUCACCCUCCCCCCAGCAUUUGGAUCAGUCUACGUCGGCGAAACAUUCGCCUGCACACUCAGCGCCAACAAUGAGAUUUCCCCAGACGACACAGGCCGAGCCGUAACCUCCGUACGCAUCGUUGCCGAAAUGCAAACACCCUCCUCAGUCGCAACCCUCGAUCUCGAUCCCGCCAGCGAUACGGCUCAAACGGAUGGUCUCGAUAUUGCCGAGUCUCUACAGAAGAUCGUGCGCUAUGAUCUCAAGGAAGAAGGAAACCAUAUUCUCGCCGUGAGUGUGAGUUAUACCGAGAAUAGGAUUGGCGAGAAUGCUCAUGUGGCGAGUGGUCGUGUUCGCACGUUCCGGAAGCUAUAUCAGUUCGUUGCGCAGCCGUGUUUGAGUGUGCGCACUAAGGCAUCGGAAUUGCCGCCUUUGGAGGUGGAUAAUAAGUCGCUCGGACCAUAUGGGAAGACUCGGUUGCUUCGGUUUGCUUUGGAAGCGCAAUUGGAGAAUGUGGGAGAUGGUGCGGUGGUUGUCAAGCAAACCCGCCUCAACCCCAAACCACCCUUCAAAUGCCAAUCCCUCAACUGGGACGCAACAACCUCCGAUCCCACCGCAUCAGAACCGCCAACCCUCAACCCACGCGACGUCCUCCAAGUCGCCUUCCUCAUCGAACAGGAAGAAGGCCGCACAGAAGGCCUCGAAGCCCUACAAAAAGAUCUCCGCCGCGACGGCCGCGCCACCCUGGGCCAAUUAUCCAUCGAGUGGCGCGGCGCCAUGGGCGACAAGGGCUUCCUCACAACUGGUAAUCUUAUGAGCCGGAAACGCACCUGA